AUGCCUGGGACUCUGUCCAAGGUACUUCAACUGCCCACCAACGUCCCCUUUCCCAGGUCACUGGAUGAGAACGAGGACGCCUCAGAACUGCAAGACGGAGGAUUUGUGAGCCUUGCCGUAUGCUCCGAGUUUACUGAGUACAGCGCCCCGGUACAGCCCUUCGAAGGUUGCCAGCGCCUCUCCUUGGUCUCGGAUCCCCUUGGCCAGCCUGUCGUCUUCGCUAUCGGCAGUGAACAACGUCUCCACUGCCUCGUGCACAUCAAUGGAGGUGCUCAUGGCUGGAAGUUGUUCGAUAUUACGCCGGAAAAGGUCGACAAGAUAAAGACAUUUGACUUGAUCGAAGAGAAUGAAGAGGACUCCGACAUCAAGGUAAUCCACAUAGCCGUGGCAGCUGUAUCUACGAACGGGACGGCAAAUAUCCACCAUGCCUCUUUCCCCUUACCCGCCGCUACGUUGAAAUCAAACAAAGUCUCCGGUUUCGAACCUCAAAGCAUCAAAUGGACUGCCAUUAUCAAUAAUGCCGGUUUGAAGAAGAUUUCGUACUUACUUGUCGGUCCCAGACCAUCAACUUCAGCCAGUUCAGCACCAUUCCUCAUUACUGCCGGCUCAGAGCAGCAGGAGAAUAUUGCAGCAACGCACUACACCAUUGAUCCUUCCUCGGAAAUUGAACAUCCCUGGCAGACAUUUGCGUUUUCCCGUGAUGCUGACAAAAUUCUGGAGAUACGGCCGGCCAAACUGGAAAAUGAGUUCGGCAUAUAUGUUUUGUUUGAGCAGCAGGGAGCAACUGAAUGCGUGAUCGACCUCUUCGGGAAAGAUGGCAAGUACACAAACACUAGACUCGUGUUGGCCGAGAAAUGCGGAAAGAUCACAAGUAUGUAUUCCAACGCCAAUGCCACAAGAGUCACUGAUCUCUUUUUGGCCUCCGAUAAGGGUCUCGGCUUUGUCAAUACUCAGAAGAGUGCGUCAUCAGUACAGACUUUUGCCGAGAAUGUGUCGUUCAAACAAGUCGUAGCCUCUGAGGCCAUUGAUCAAGACUCUGGUGACACCCAAUCCAAGUUCACCAUCUUCGCCGUGAGGGAUCAGAAUGAGCUACAUUACAUCCAAGGCAUCCGGACCUUCAAGGGCAACAAGAUGGUCUUUGAGAACUCAGGACUCCCUAUCCGAACAAGCAUCCAGCAGAUCUCGUGCCAAUUCAAUGCUCAAACCAACGCUAGCGAGGUUUUAUAUCUCGAUGAACAAGGUGCCGCAUUGAAAUAA